AUGAUUCCGUCAGAGCCAUCACUCACAAACAGUCCUUCCUGUAGUGCAUUGCCACCGGGCGACGUUCUCCAUUCUGAGUCGACAUGUGGCGAAAUGAUGACCUCUUCGACCACAUCCAUUGCCACCCUCACCGACCAGGCCGGGUCGGAAGUGUUGUGCCAGGAGAGGCUGAAGCCCAUUGGCCUUCGUGAACAGGAGCCAGACAAGCCGAAGCUCUCAGUCCUCGGCAAAGAACCACGAUCGGACCAGAAACAGCUCAUGAAACAGGUGCAAAAAGAAUCGCAUUUCUCGGACAGAAGAGGACUCGAACGGGUUGAGCAAGACGCCGGCAGAUGGAAUUCAGUGGGUAAGCAUAAUGGGAUUCUGCCUCAUCACCUGGGCUACAGUUAUGUGGCCUCAUCCGCCUCAUUAGGAAACAACUUGGGCAAAUCCCUCGUUCGCAAAGUUAAAGUCAUGUUUUGGACCUGA